AAAAGUGCGCCAGGUGAAUUUGGAAAAGCAUUUCAGGCAGAGGCUAGAGUCACAACGCCUUUGCCAACUCUCACUCAUCAUUUUCAUUCUGGACCAUUUCUUAACAAACACAGCAACACCUGUUCUGUUUUCCGAGCAUUAUAAGAAACACCACCAAAAAAAUGAAGUUACUGAUCAAAUAAAACAAACAUUAGAGAUAGAGAGAAACAAUGGCAGCUGGUGGAGGAGGAGGAAAGGCUGAUGAAUUCCUACCUCAUCCUGUGAGGGACCAACUUCCGGGUGUUGAUUACUGUGUUACCAGUUCUCCCUCAUGGCCCGAAGGGGUCAUUCUUGGGUUUCAGCAUUAUCUGGUUGUGCUUGGGACCGUUGUCAUUGUUUCCACCAUCCUUGUCCCUUUGAUCGGUGGUGGCAAUGUAGAAAAGGCCGAAACAAUACAGACUCUACUCUUUAUUGCUGCCAUUAACACACUGCUGCAGACGUUGUUUGGCACACGACUUCCAGUGGUUGUGGGACCAUCCUAUUCUUUUCUAAUUCCUGCAGUUUCCAUUGCUUUUUCCACCAGAAUGAGUGUAUAUGCUGAUCCACAUCAGAGAUUUAAACAAUCUAUGAGAGCCAUACAAGGAGCACUUAUUGUUGGAUCGUUUUUUCAAAUCAUCGUUGGCUUUUUCGGCUUUUGGAGGAUAUUUGCCAGGUUUCUCAGCCCGCUUAGUGUGGCCCCUCUUGUCACUUUGACUGGACUAGGACUCUUUAUGUUAGGAUUUCCCAAAUUGGCAGAUUGUGUUGAAAUUGGUCUCCCUGCGUUACUUAUCAUUAUCGUCUUGUCCCAGUACAUUCCGCAAAGGAUGAAAUCAAGAGGAGCUGAUAGAUUUGCAGUUAUGGUCUCAAUUGGAAUUGCUUGGGCAUUUGCUGAAAUUUUGACUGCAGCUGGUGCCUACAAUAAAAGAUCGCCUAGAACCCAAUUAAGUUGCCGUACUGAUCGAUCUGGGUUAAUUAGUGCUGCUCCUUGGAUAAGAGUUCCAUAUCCAUUUCAAUGGGGACGCCCUUCUUUCAAUGCUGGUGAUGCUUUUGCUGUGAUUGCUGCUUCUCUUGUUGCAAUUGUAGAGUCAACAGGGACAUUCAUAGCAGCAUCAAGAUUUGGCAGUGCAACCCCUGUUCCACCUUCUGUGCUUAGUCGUGGUGUUGGCUGGCUGGGCAUUGGCACUCUUUUGGAUGGCCUUUUUGGCACAGGAACUGGAUCCACUGCAUCAGUUGAAAAUGCAGGACUCCUGGGUUUAACACGAGUAGGAAGCCGCAGAGUCAUUCAAAUAUCAGCUGGAUUCAUGUUUUUCUUCUCUAUAUUAGGAAAAUUUGGAGCAGUUCUUGCUUCAAUACCUCUGUCAAUUAUAGCAGCUAUUUACUGCGUUCUCUUUGCCUACGUAGCCUCAGCUGGGCUUGGUUUUCUUCAAUUUUGCAACCUAAACAGCUAUAGGUCAUUGUUCAUCCUUGGACUAUCUCUCUUCCUUGGCUUAUCUGUUCAACAGUAUUUCAACGAAUAUCUGUUGAUAUCUGGACAUGGCCCUGUUCAUACUGGCUCCACUGCGUUCAACGAUAUAGUGCAAGUGAUUUUCUCAUCCCCAGCAACUGUAGCAAUCGUUGUUGCUUACUUCUUGGAUUUAACUCUGAAUCGCGGAGAUAGCUUAACUCGCAGAGACAGUGGGAGACACUGGUGGGAAAAAUUCAGGAAUUUCAAUCACGAUACUCGAAGCGAAGAAUUCUAUUCACUUCCUUUCAACCUCAACAGAUACUUUCCAUCAUUUUGAGUGCACUUCCAUUUUAAAAUGAUCAAGAGAAAAUCUAUCUUCCUUUUAGAAUUUGGUGUCUCUAAGUGUGUAAUAUAUAUACAAAAUAUAUAUGUAUGUAUAAGUUGCAAUUUAUAUCAAUACUUACUUAUUUAGAACUAUUUCAAU